AUGCAAAGAUCAGUCCCUGUGGAGUCCCGAAGGCACAGGCUGGUCGGCGAUAUGGGGUACGCUGAGCGAGCGCCACGUUCUUGGAGCUUUCAGCCUGCACCCACGCUGCUGCUGCUCGCGGCGGCUGCAGUGCUGUUUAUAGUGCCCGGCGCGCAUGGGCGCCCCGCGGAGGAGGACGAAGAGCUGGUGCUGCCAGCCCUGGAGCGCGCCGAAGGACGCGAGACCACGCGCCUCCGCCUAGACGCGUUUGGCCAGCGGCUGCACCUGAAGCUACAGCCCGACCGCGGCUUCUUGGCGCCAGGCUUCACACUCCAGACUGUGGGGCGCAAACCCGCGCCUGAGGCGCAGCGUCUGGACCCCGCCGGCGACCUAGCACACUGCUUCUACUCUGGCACCGUUAAUGGUGACCCCAGCUCGGCCGCAGCCCUCAGCCUCUGCGAGGGCGUGCGUGGCGCCUUCUACCUGCAAGGCGAGGAGUUCUUCAUCCAGCCGGCACCCGCAGCUGCCACUGAGCGCCUCGCCCCCGCCGCCGCCGAGGAGGAGCCGAUCGAGCGGCCUCAGUUCCAUCUCCUGCGGCGGAGGCGGCGGGGCGGUGGUGGCGCCAAGUGUGGAGUCAUGGACGAUGAGACCCUGCCCGCGAGGGGUGCAGAACAUGAGGGAGAAGACCUUGGAACGCAGUGGCCUCAGCGGGACCCGGAGCCGCAACACGUGGGACAGCCAACAGGAACUGGAAGCAUAAGAAAGAAGCGAUUUGUGUCCAGCCCCCGCUAUGUGGAAACCAUGCUUGUGGCCGACCAGUCAAUGGCAGAGUUCCACGGCAGUGACCUAAAGCAUUACCUUCUCACCUUGUUCUCCGUGGCAGCCAGGUUGUACAAAUACCCUAGCAUUCGAAAUUCCAUCAGCCUCGUGGUGGUGAAGAUUUUAGUUAUCUAUGAGGAGCAGAAGGGGCCAGAAGUGACCUCCAAUGCUGCACUCACUUUGCGGAACUUCUGCAACUGGCAAAAACAACACAAUCCUCCCAGUGACCGGGAUGCAGAACACUAUGACACAGCGAUUCUUUUUACCAGAGAGGACUUAUGUGGGACUCAGACAUGUGAUACUCUUGGAAUAGCUGAUGUUGGAACUGUGUGUGAUCCCAGCAGAAGCUGCUCGGUCAUAGAAGAUGAUGGUUUACAAGCUGCUUUCACCACAGCCCAUGAAUUAGGCCACGUGUUGAACAUGCUUCAUGAUGAUUCAAAGCAGUGUGCCAGCCUUAACGCUGGGAACCAGGGUUCCCACAUGAUGGCCUCAAUGCUCUCCAAUUUGGAUCACAGCCAUCCUUGGUCUCCCUGCAGUGCCUACAUGAUCACAUCAUUUCUGGAUAAUGGUCAUGGGGAAUGUUUGAUGGACAAGCCCCAGAAUCCCAUACGGUUACCAUCUGAUCUCCCUGGCACCUUGUAUGAUGUAAACCGGCAGUGCCAGUUUAUGUUCGGGGAGGAGUCCAAACACUGCCCAGACCCAGCCAGCACGUGUGCCACCUUGUGGUGCAAUGUCAACUCGCCCUCUGGUGUGCUGAUGUGCCAAACCAAGCACUUCCCCUGGGCGGAUGGCACCAGCUGUGGGGAAGGGAAAUGGUGUAUCAACAGCAAGUGUGUGAACAAGACCGACAAGAAGCAUUUUGAUGCCCCUGUUCAUGGAAGCUGGGGAUCCUGGGGAUCCUGGGGAGAUUGUUCGAGAACUUGCGGCGGAGGAGUUCAGUAUACAAUAAGAGAAUGUGACAACCCAGUCCCAAAGAAUGGAGGGAAGUACUGUGAAGGCAAACGGGUGCGCUACAGGUCCUGUAACGUGGAGGACUGUCCAGACAACAAUGGAAAAACCUUUAGGGAGGAACAGUGUGAGGCACACAAUGAGUUUUCAAAAGCCUUUGGGAGCGGGCCUGUGGUGGAGUGGACCCCCAAGUAUGCUGGUGUCUCACCAAAGGACAGGUGCAAGCUCAUUUGUCAAGCCAAAGGGAUCGGCUACUUCUUUGUUUUACAGCCCAAGGUUGUAGAUGGUACUCCAUGUAGUCCAGAUUCCACUUCUGUGUGUGUGCAAGGACAGUGUGUAAAAGCUGGUUGUGAUCACAUCAUAGACUCCAAAAAGAAGUUCGACAAAUGUGGUAUUUGUGGAGGAAAUGGAUCUACAUGCAAGAAAAUAUCAGGAUCCAUUGCUAGUGCAAAACCUGGGUAUCAUGAUGUUGUCACAAUUCCAAGUGGAGCCACAAACAUUGAUGUGAAACACCGGAAUCAGAGGGGAUCCAGAAACAAUGGUAGUUUUCUUGCCAUCAAAGUUGCUGAUGGCACGUAUAUUCUGAAUGGUGACUUCACUUUGUCCACUUUAGAGCAAGAUAUUACAUACAAAGGUAUGGUCUUAUGGUAUAGUGGCUCCUCCGCAGCGCUGGAAAGAAUCCGCAGCUUUAGCCCACUCAAAGAGCCCUUAACCAUCCAGGUUCUUACUGUGGGCAAUGCUCUCCGACCCAAAAUUAAAUACACCUACUUCGUGAAGAAGAAGAAGGAAUCUUUCAAUGCUAUCCCUACUUUUUCAGAAUGGGUCAUUGGAGAGUGGGGUGAAUGCUCUAAGUCAUGUGGAUUGGGUUUGCAGAGAAGACUGGUGGAAUGUCGGGACAUUAACGGGCAGCCUGCAUCUGAGUGUGCGAAGGAGGUGAAACCAGAAAGCACCCGACCUUGUGCAGACCUGCCUUGCCCACACUGGCAGCUGGGAGAAUGGUCACCAUGUUCCAAGACUUGUGGGAAGGGUUACAAAAAGAGAACCUUGAAGUGCCUGUCCCAUGAUGGGGGAGUGUUGUCUCAUGAGAAUUGCGAUCCUUCAAAGAAACCUAAGCAUUACAUAGAUUUUUGCACGAUAGCAGAAUGCAGUUAAGCAGGGUCAGUUUUGAGGAAAAGGCAGUGUGGAAGGACUGACGCACCGAAUAAGAAUGCUGGAGGGAUUCAGUGUAUCUUGCCAAUAGCCAGUGAGGUGUGUCAAUCGGGGGAGUGUGGAGGUAAAUAGGAGUUAGAUCGUGAGAAUAUCCUGCCAGUUACAAAUCUGAUAGGCUAGUUAAUGAGGAUUAUUAACCUGUGAGCAAUGAUAUAGCAUGAAAAGCCCCAGGGCAUUAUUAUUAUUAUUUCUUUUGUUACAUCUAUCACAAAAACAAUUGUCAAAAUAAGCCAAUAUUUUUAUAUUGCAAGCCCUGCUUCCUGGUACUGAUUAAAUUCUUUGUACCAUGCAAGUUGGUAAUGAAAAGCAGAAGAAAGAUGAAAUUUUGUUUAAAACAUGGCUUACUUUACCUCACUAACAAAAGGGGAAGAAAGGAGUACAAAGAGGUUAUCUGAUCAGCAGUCCUUAUGGCCACUAUAGUAUCAGAGAAUGUUUAUGCAUCUUUUCCAUCAAGAGUGAAGAGUUCAGAUUGUCCAACAUGAGAGAAAGGCUCAUAGCUCCUUCUCUAACGCCUUGUACCAUCUCAGUCUUUAUCUGUGUCAUUCACAUAAAUGCAUGUAUUUCUAAGAGUGCAUCAAGUCUACAAGGCCAAGAAAAGCAGCAGAGUACGAGGUGCUGAUAAAAACUCAAGGUGACAUGAUGAGUUUGGUACUUCUGGUCUACCUUCCUCCUUAUGUAAGCCGACUGUGGGAAUGUGGAUGUGGAAAAGUGAAUUGUGUCUUAAGAAGUCAGUGAGACCACACAAAAGGAUGUAAUGCCAGAGCAAGAAUGGAGCACAUAGAACAGUGUCCCCUGGGCUUAGGGACAUUGAGAUCACUUGUCUCAUGGUGAGGAGGCUGCUGAGGGGUAGCGGGUCCAUCCCGGCAGCUGGUCCAACAGUCGUAUCCUGGUGAAUGUCUGUUCAGCUCUUCUACAGAGAGAUAAUAUGACUUUUUCCAUAUGUAUAUAGUAAAGUGUGUUACUAUAAAUUAUAUAUGUACUUUAUAAGUAUUGGUUUGUGUGUCCCUUCUAAGAAGGGCUACAGUUUGUAAUAAAUGCCUAUAAUAACAUAUUUAUUUUUAUACAUUUAUUUCUAAUGAUAAAACUUUUAAGUUAUAUCGCUUUUGUUAAAGUGCAUAUAAAAAUAGAGUAUUUAUACAAUAUAUGUUACUAGAAAUAAUAAAAGAACACUUUUGGA